AUGUUGAGCCACUCUUUGCCUGAAUGUCAGCUUGCAUUUGAAGUGGGAUUGACUAAUAAAGGUGUUGAGUACAGUCCAUCGGGAUUCGCAUCUAUUCCUCGUACUGGACCGUCCCAAGUUCAGAUAGUCUGGGUGGAGCAAGGGUGGACUAAACCAAGCACGGACUUCGUUUUCCAGAAAACGCCACAAAGGCUCAUUGAUGCUCAGACAGUUGACUGGAGAGACCACGCUAGAGGUUCCUCUUCAUUAUCAUGUUCAUUUACCAAGAUUGUAGUCUUCAUUCAAACAAUUGUUCUGGCUAUUGUAGAGUCUUCAGCAUGGGAAGGUGCUUUUUUCUACGCAACCAUGAUAUCUGCUGCCAUCCUUAACGUUUGCACUAGAAUCUAUCAAAAUAGUUUGUACGGCGUAGCGGCAAAACUUCCAAUGGAAUACUCGAUGACCUUAGUUCUUAGGUCUAAUAUCUGCGGCACACUUAUUUCUUUCGUUUCACUGAUUUCAAUAGCAGCUUCUUUAAAUCUAAGAACAGCAACAACAUAUUAUUUCAUCACUGCCUUGCUUGUACUUUUAGUUUGUAUCGACACAUACUUUUCUUUGCCGUUAACACGCUUUGACCGUUACCAUGACAAUUCAAAAACCAAAACUAUCCCCGGGCAACCUCCAUACUUGAUGAUAUUUGCAAAGAUUUGGACUCAAUUUUUCAAUGUCUUCUAUGUAUUCUUUGUCUCUCUUACGAUUUUCCCAGCGAUUCAUGCUAAUAUGAAGCGCGUGGAUACCAAUUUUUCCUCCCCGAUAUUUAAUAGUGCAAUAACUUGUUUUAUAUUCUUCAAUUCUUUUACUAUGCUGGAGAGUUUACUUCCUAACUGGAUUAAAUGGCCUGGACCGAAAUAUCUUUGGAUACCUGUUUUACGAACACUUAUGGUUCCAUACUUCAGGUUUUGUAACUAUGAACCAGAUCAAAGACAAGUUCCUGUGCUCAUAGAUAGUGAUUUGGCAUACAUGGUGAUGGCUGUCUUACACGACUUGAACAGUGGAUAUUACAGCAGUUUUGCCAUGAUGUAUGCUCCUGAAUACGUGGACGCAAAGCAUGCUCCCAUUGCUGAAAUGAUUUCAGCAGUAUUUUUUGUCUUUGGCAUGGUUUGUAGGGUUAAUAUCACAUUUUUUAUUGCUUGGUUGAUUGAAACCAAAUGUUAA